CACCUUCCACGCUUCUGUUUGUAAACACGCGUCGUCUGGUUAUCGUCUGUUCGAGGAGUUUCUUUGCAUUUAUUUCGAUAUUUUGUGGUAUUUUCUGCUAUUUUAGUAAGUUUAACCGUGAAAAACAGUUACCGUAGCCAUGCAGAACGUUGUGAUUAAGGAAAUUUUCGACGGGUUCAACGAUUACCUGAACAAAGAGCAAGAACUUCGCGAGCAAAUUCGUGAAGUGGUCCGCGAGGUUGACCAAGCCGUCAAGGAGGCUACAAUCGCCUUACAGGUCAUUCACAGCAGUUUGACGGAAGUGUCCGCUGCGUGUGUCGUCGCACGCAAACAGUUCGAAUUGUGCCGUCAAAGCUUCCAACGUUUGGCCGCGUUGAUUCCGGAGGGUCAGUACUACCGGUACAAUGACCACUGGCACUUCCUGAUGCAGCGGGUUGUCUUUCUGGUGGCGCUGACCGUGUACCUGGAGAAGGGUUUUCUCGUCAACCGGGACACGACGGCGGAAAUUUUGGGAAUGAAGACAAAACAGGCCGACGGAUUUCACCUGGACAUCGAGGAUUACUUGUUGGGAGUGCUUCUGAUGGCGACAGAACUGAGCCGUUACGCCACCAACUCGGUCACCCUGGGAGACUACGAUCGUCCGUUGGCCAUUUCGAAGUUCGUGGCCGAUUUAAACUCUGGUUUCCGGCUGUUGAAUCUGAAAAACGACGGCCUGCGCAAGCGGUUUGACGCCCUGAAGUACGACGUCAAGAAGAUAGAGGAGAUAGUGUACGACAUCAGCAUUCGGGGACUGCGGGCUGAUUCCACGACUGGGUCGUCGGCUGCGGCUCCGGCAGCAGAGCAGUGAGGUAUGAUGGAUGGGUGUCUCAUUUCCGGCAUUUAUAUAUGCUCAUAACUAUAUGAAAUAACAGUUUCUUCUACUUAUCAUAUUUUUUUUUUUGAAAACAUGAAUUUAUCAUUGUUCUUUUUACUUUAAUUUGUUGAAAUAAGUCAAAAGAUAAGAAACAAGUUACAUUUCAAAGUGCA